AUGAUAAAGCGAGCAGAAGCAGAUCCGACCCGAGGAAAUUAUGAAGAAGGGUUAGGCAACAAUGCUCUUUUUUAUGGUGCUCCCGGCACCGGAAAGACAGAAACCAUGAGAAAUCUUUGCGUGAAAGCUAAUAAGUAUCCAUUAGUAGUUGUUGCGGGUUCUGACCUAACUCCUACUGAUGCUGAUCAAAAAGCCGAAAUACUUCCCUUACAUAAAUUCGCUUAUACCAUUAGCGAGGAAGAAAACGGAGAAGUUAAGUAUAUGCUCUUUGUUGAUGAAGCAAACCAAAUUAGCAAUAAUUCUUUAAUUUUUCAACCAAAUCAGUUGAAAUUUCUUAAAGAUUGUUUAGAAAGUACAGAUAAGGAUAGAGAUAAAAAAUAUUCAACUAGUUUUGAUGGAACCUAUGAAAGCGUUCAAAAACUGACCAUGGAAAAAGUAUUAGAUGUUCGUUUAAGCGAAUUAAUUAAAAACACCGAAAAACAAUUAGACAACUUAAUAGAUGAAUUAGAAACAUCUAGAAAGGAUGGAAUUUGUACUUGUAUCGGAUGUGCCGCAGCCAUUGGAGUAUGUGUAAUAAGUGGAGGCAUGGCUACUCCCUUGAUAGAUCAGGAAAAUGUAGAAGCCGAAAAGAAAUUGCUGGAAAAUGAAAGAUAUCGCGAUGGAGUUAGAGCAGCCGAAAAUCAACUUAAAGAAAAUCAAAACACCAAAGCCAUGCUCACUGAACUCUUUGGGAAAAAGAACGGAACCAUCCCGCUUAAAGAUGGUGAAACCAAAGAAAGUAUCGAUCAACAAAUCGCUAUUCUUACUAACACUUUAAAACAAGGUGAAGAUAGAUAUAAUCAAUUACUUGGUGAUUUAAAAACCAUGCGGCAGCAAUUAUUAGGAGGAACUAACUUAAUGAAAAUGCUCGGCCUUGAUAAAUUGAAAACCAUGGAUAAGAUAAUGUUAAUCGAUCAGCAAGAAUACCUAAAUCUUUUUAAACACUAUAUUUUUGUCGAACGUGUUCUAAGCAAAAUUAAAGAGGACAUUAAAGAAGUAGAAAAGAUCACUGAUAUAGAAAAGCAAUGCAGUGAAGCACGCCUUUGUUUAAAUAAGCACCAAAAUAAUCUUGGUUAUAUGAUUGUUUGCUUCAAUAAUGGUAGAUUAUUUGAGAUGGGUGUUAAUGGUGAUACUACUGUUGGUGAAUAUCAAAAGA